AGUAUUUAUGAAAUGUGCGAUUAGUCAUUUCAAUUUAUUUUUAGUUUACAUUUAAAGCACAUUAGAACAUUAUUUCAAAUAAGUCUCCUACUGUCCCAAAAGAAAUAGAAAUAAUACAAAAAUGCAGGAUCCCAACGAAGAUACCGAGUGGAACGAUGUGCUGCGCGCAAAGGGAAUCAUUGGGCCAAAGCAGAAGGAAGCGGAGAUUACCGAGGACCAAAUUCAGGCGAUGAUGAACGAUGUGAUUCAGCGACGAACAGAUUUGCCGCCGCAGGAGGGUCAGCGUGACAAGCAGAUCGAUGACAUGUCACUCGACGAGCUCGAUGAACUCGAGGAUUCAGAGGACGAGGCAGUGCUGGAGCAGUAUCGCCAGCGUCGCAUGGCCGAGAUGCGUGCCACGGCGGAGAAGGCGCGCUUUGGCAGUGUUCGCGAAAUAUCCGGGCAGGAGUACGUCAACGAGGUGACCAAAGCGGGCGAGGGCAUCUGGGUGGUGUUGCAUCUGUAUGCCAACGGCGUACCUCUCUGCGCCCUGAUCCACCACCACAUGCAACAGCUGGCGGCACGCUUCCCUCAGACCAAGUUCCUGCGCUCCGUGGCCACCACCUGCAUACCCAACUUCCCCGACAAGAACCUGCCCACCAUUUUCGUUUACCACGAGGGAGCGAUGCGCAAACAGUUUAUUGGUCCGCUGGAGCUGCGGGGCGAGAAACUGACGCUGCCCGAGUUGGAGUUUAUGCUGGGUUCGGUUGGGGCUGUGCCCAGCGACAUUAAGGAGGAUCCCCGGCCACAGAUCCGGGACAAAAUGCUAGCCGAUUUGGAAGAUAAAAGUGCGGAUUUUUAUUGAGAUCUCGUCGGAAUUUCUUCGAACCCAUUUUCUGUUGCAGUACAAUUGCGAAUCUUGUUUUGUGUGCAUUUCUUGUUAAAAUAUAAAAAUUAUUUUUGCUACAAGGA